UAUGGAUAAUACUCUGAAACAAAGUAUCGUUGAGCUACAAGAAGCUUUUGCGAUGGCUAAUAGAGAAAAUAGAAGAAUUAAGGAUAUGAAUGAAAAUCUAAUAUCAAAUCUAUCGUCCAAUUUAUCAAAAACAGAUCUCUUAAAGGCUGAAUUGGAGUCUACUAAAAAGCUCAAUGAGGGAUUAAAAAGUGAAGUAGAAAAUAUAGAUCAUCUUAUAAAAGAAAAGCAAAAGACCAACAACGAAUUAAUUCACGAAAUGAAAAAUAUGGCGUAUUCUCAUAAAGUUCUGGAUGAUAUGAAAGAAGUUGCAACAGAAUUAGACAACUAUACUAGAGGUGAAUUAUCAUACGUCAAUUGUUUACUUGGAACUAUGGAAAAAUAUCAAGAAGAUCUAAAAAAUGAUAAUGAUGAUGCGGCCGUCAACCUCUUUUCUAUAUUUAGUAAGGAAAUCGAUUUGGAUGUACGUAUGUACAAAUUACUGAACGAAACUUCUCAAAGUGAGAUAAAUGAAUCUCGAUAA